AUGUCCAUGUGGCUAGACUUCCUUGCAAACUUUAAUGGGACAUCUUUUUUCAUCAACGAACAGCGGCUUUCUAGCGAUAACAUUUGUCUACAUACAGAUGCAUCAGGGUCAAAAGGCUAUGGGGCGAUUUAUAAGAGUAACUGGUUUUACGGGUCUUUCCCACACUCUUGGCAAAAAGCAAACAUCGCAUUCUUAGAACUAUACCCAAUUGUUUUGGCAGUAUUCACAUGGGGUCAUUUAUGGAGAAAUCACACGGUAGUUUUUCACACAGAUAAUGAAGCUCUGGUGUCUGUUAUCAAUAAACAGACAUCAAAAGUUCAUUGUAUAAUGUACCUUAUCAGAAAGCUAGUCCUACACUGUCUUACACAAAAUAUAGUAUUUUUAGCUCGCCAUGUCAAAGGAAAAGACAAUAGUAUAGCAGACGCUCUUUCUCGUUUUCAGAUACAGCGAUUCAGGGAGCUAGCGCCGUUCUGCAAACCAAAUCCAACUAUAGUAAGCCCACAUCUUCAACCGGAGAUAUUUUGCAAGGGUUUGAAACUUUAUUAA